GACAUGAGAAAAGUUCAAUGUUUCAGCUGCAAGGAAUGUAGCCAUAUUGUUGCUCACUGUGCAAGGAAAUCUUGCAAUUACUGUAAGAAGUCGGGGCAUAUUAUCAAAGAAUGUCCUAUACAUCCCCAAAAUCGUCAAGCUAAUGCUUAUCAGGCCACUGUGAGUCCAUCUACUUCCGCUAACUCUGCUAUUGUUGGUGAUUCAUCUACUCUUACUCCUGAGAUAGUGCAACAGAUGAUUAUUUCAGCAUUUUCAACCUUACGGCUGCAAGGAUCAGGUGUCAGGGAAGAUACUCACGAAGGGGCCUAAAGUUGGAC